AAUAUUUUGCCAUUUCAUUCGUCUUUUGAAUACAAAUUUUACUUCCUUAUGGGCUAUGGCUUAUGUCUUUUAUUGAUUAUUUUUUUCAAGGCUGACCAUAAUCAAAGAAUACGUUUAGUUUUACCGCAAUAUGAAAAGUUUUCGUCAAGUUUUCACGAUUUCGUUGUCAACUUUACAAAAUAUCUCCGAAGAAACAUCAUGCUGAAGUAGAAGCUGAAUCCACUGGUGAAGAACUCGACAGAUAAGUAUCAUGUCUACUGGUAGUGGUGCUUCUUCACCAAACGAUUUGAACAGUAUUAACAACAACGUUAUCGAAAAUGAAGGAUCGAAUUCAUCAAUUACAACCCUUCACGAUGGUAACUUCAAACGACCAAACUUGGAGCUGAAUUUAAAACCGAACGAACCGAAGGAAAUCAAAUGCUUAAUCUGUCCGUAUAGUCAUACCAGUGCUAAAGACGUAGAAAAACAUAUCAACAGCGAGCAUUUCGAUGGUACUAGUCCAUCACUUCCGAAAGAACCUUCGUCUAGUUUUAAUUGCCCUUGUUGCUCCGAAUCAUUUCAGGCUUACGAUAAGCUUGAAUCUCAUGUAUAUUACCAACACGCCGAUGUAAUAAGCCCAUCAGGGAAUUCCGAUUCGAAAAACAGCUCAACUCCGUGUCACAAAUGCCCCGUUUGUAAUCUAUUCACCAGCUUAUCUAGUGAAGAAUUAACUGAACAUGUUGAAUCACAUUUUACCGCUUCUAGUACAACGUCUCCUGUCUCACCUGAUGUCACUUCGGACAGAUUAAUCGCCCAGAAACUUUCCAUCACUGAUAAAGAAAAUCUACAGAUUCAGCAGCAGAAAGAAUUUGAAUUUUUACAAGCUCAGUAUGGCAUGGAUAACAAAGGCAAUUUUAAAGAACAGAGUAUCAAAAACAUGCAGAAAGCUGUUUAUUCCGGCGAACUAACUGUAAUGGAUUUCUACGAGAAACAAAAUGAAUUGAAAAUCGCCGAAAAUAUUGGUUUAGACGAUGGCAGCUCGGUUGUAAAAGGUAUCGUUCCCAUCAUCAGAUCGAAAAGCGAAAGCUGCGAAAACGUAAACAGAACGUACGUUUGUUUCAACAUGGAUUUUUAUUCGGCUACUUAUGGAGAUAGAGGAUGGGGAUGCGGUUACCGUAAUUUACAAAUGUUACUGUCAGCACUGUGGCGUAAUGCGACGUACGGCGAACUAUUGAAUAUGCAAUUUUGCUCGAGAUUUGGAAUGGAAAAAAUGUACGUUGGGAACGCGAUGCCAAGCAUAUCAAAAUUACAACAGUUAAUCGAAUGGGCAUGGGAACAAGGUUUUGACGAAGAAGGACGAGAUCAAUUGGGCAGAAAAGUACAUAACACCAAGAAAUGGAUCGGUGCUACCGAAGUUGUUACUUUAUUAUCAGCUCUAAGAUUUAGAUGUUCGUUGGUGGAUAUUCAUCGAGCCAACGAAAAAGGUCAACAUCCUAAAAUGUUCGAAUGGAUUUUGAAAUAUUUUCAAAAAGUCGAAGAAUUCAAAGCUCCUUUGUACUUGCAACACGACGGCCAUAGUCAAACGGUGAUCGGUGUAGAAGUACUGAAAGAUGGAGAAAUAUUUCUACUAAUAGUUGAUCCCAGUACACCUCGACGUCAAAUGGAGAAACUACUAUCGAAUAACGCCAACCAGUUGGGAUUCCUUCGGAAAUCUCUCUUCGAUAUGAAAUCAGACCAGUAUCAAAUAGCUACCGUCGUCGGUGUAACUACUUCGGACGACGAAUAUCAAGCUAGUAAAAUCUUACGACCAGUUAGAAUAAUGUGAAGCGGAAGUUACACGAGCAACAUGUGAUCAACGUUCAGUUUUAUUCUAGUUAUUUAUCUGUGAUAAGUUGCACUAGCAUUAUUUUUCUCUUUCGACUUGCAGCGUUACCUUGUUUUAUGUUUAGAGUAAUUUAAGUGCCUUAAAAGCUUCGAUACGAGCUUAUAUUUUCGGAUUUUCAAUUGUUUUUCUGUGCGGAGCAAAGGGUAAUCGAUGUAUUUGCUUGGUUGAGUUUGAGUAUUAUUAUAUCUAUACGUACGAAUAACAAUUCAGGGGCUCAUAUUUUAUCACCUAUAAGGGAUCUCAAAUCAGAAUGGUAUCGUUUCGAACGAAUCGCGUAUUGUUUUUAAAAUUUUAAUUUUCCUUUAUCGUUGUGCUUUUGUUUUAAUUUUUCGGCUACUUAGUACCUACCUUAUUAUUGAUACGCUUACCUAAUUGAGAAAAAUAUCAAAGGCUCGUUUGCCAGCUUUAUCAAAACCUUCGUAUUUUUUUCCUUUACUUUUACGUUUGUAUUUUUUACAUAUAUAGUGAUUAGAGAUUUUUUUCAGAUAAAGGUAUUUUCUUUCGAAACUAGAAACUUUCCAUUUUAACAUUUCGCUUUGGCUUAGGGAUGCUUACCCUAUAGUUCCCGGUGACUGAUUUACAUAUAAUGUUUGUCAAAUUCUGGGAAAUUUUCAUUUGAUCGAUUGAUUCCAAGUUGACGAAUGACGAGUGAAGUAUUAUUAAUCGGUGGUUUAUCAUUUUACCAACACUUCGGUGUUAAUGUUGGAUAACGAAACGUAUUAUAAUUAAUAUAUUUUAGAUAAGAAACGGCGCAUCUUUAUCAAAAUAUUUCAACUUUCGUUUUCGUUUAUUGAAAAUAACACGAUUUUUAUCAAUAAUGUGUAAUUUUUCCAGUCAUAUAAGUCGACCUAGACGUAAGUACAAAAAUGUCAUCAAUUUUAUACCUAGAAGACUUCGUGACGAUCGUUAACGAUGAUAGAUAACUUACAAACUCGAUUUUAUUAUUAUUUUUUAAUACUUGAGUACCUAUUUUAUUUGCCAUUUUUAUUCAUACUUUCGACGCUGACGAAUGAUGUUUUCUAGUCUCGUUUGAACUUUACGCUUUUUAUUUCACUCGCAAAGUUUUUUUUUUAAUCAUCUUAUCGCGCGUAUCAGUGGUACUUUGAAUUACGAUUUGUAGCAAAAUAGGUAUUAUUUUUUUUUUAGAAUUUUUCUCUACCUUUGUUCGCUUACCUACUACCAUAAUGUACCUAUUAUAAAUUUAAGUCAUUAAAGAACCCUGGACGAAAUA